AUGGUGUUCCAUAUGACUGGUCUUGCCAUAUUAGACCCAUUGCCAUCCGAUCCGGAAUACCAUUGUCGUUUCUGCACAGUUUCUGACCUUUGCUCGAAUGAAGAACUCAAUGCACACGAAGCGUCCAAGCACAACGUUUGCCCAGUCUGCAAGAAGUGGUACUCAUCCUGGGAUGAUCUGAAGACACAUUGCCGACAAACCAAAUGUGCCAUGGUCUGUGAAGGGUGCGGUCAUCGCGGCGCACUUCAUCAUAACAACGAGUACUUCGAGCGGCAUAAGCAAACUCACAAUGUCUGCGAGGAGUGCGAGAAACACUUCGAGACGCCGUCCAACUUAACACAUCACAAACUCACACAUCGAACGCCCGACUAUGAAUGCUACGGCUGCACACGAACAUUCACUACCUACAGCGGCAUGAUCAUCCAUCUAGAGUCCGGCACCUGUACCUCUGGUAUCGACAUCCACGACCUCGGUAAAUCGGCUGCCAUGUGCUUCCAAUGGAAGAAGUACAUCAUAACUAAUUGGGUACAUGCAAGGUUACUGGAGGAGGAAGAUCUCUGGCCACUAAUAGAUGAGUAUGGCGAUGCUGAGGAGAUUGAAUGCUUCAAGUGUCCCAGAUGUGAUAUCUAUUUCACGAAGCUGUCAGGUCUGUUUAUGCAUGUGGAGUCGGAGAGCUGUAGUCAGACCUUGGGGGACGGAGCGAUUGGGAAGCUGAGGAGGUGGCUGUCAAACAGGCACUCGUAA